AUGCCGCUACCAAGGGCCUCCAAUGCCGUGCCUGCUCAUCCCAACAUUUUCAACUUGACUCUGAGAAUUUUCCGACAUCCCGGAGGUCGCAACCAGCCAACUACAUCCCGUCCUGACUACUUCGGUGUGGCGUCCAGCCAAAGGCAUACAUGGGGAUUUGACAGCGAUGGCACAGUCCUCAUGCUGGCUCUCCCGACUUUAGGAAUCGAUAGCUUGCGAGCAGUGGAGAGGAUGACCCAUGAGGAGGCAUAUCACAGCAUGGAUGAUGACAUGGCAGGAUUCAAGGUGCUCAACUUCCUCUGGGAUCGACAGGAUCUCCAGUCUGUCUCGGGCAUCUCACGAGACCUCAACUUUUAUCAGCGUCUUAUACUUACCCCUAAUGUGGCCAACCAGGCGUAA